UCAUAUGAUUAUGAUCAUCAUCAUCAUGAUCAUCAUCAACAUUCUUUUCGCUAUAGAUCAUCAUCAUCAUUAUUAUCAUUAACAUUAAUGGCCAUAUUGAUAUUUAUUUGUCCUUUGCCAUUUUUUGCUGAUGCAUUAAAUCCAUUAAAUGAACAUAUAAUUCAUUAUGAAACAUUAAAUUAUGAUCCUCAACCACAUUUAAAUGCAUUGGAUCGUUCAAGGCGUUCAGCCAAAUUUUUUGAUAAUAAUAAUAAUGAGAAUCAUCAACCACAUCAUCAUCCUUUGUAUGCGAUAAAUUUUCAUUCACAUGGCCGUAAUCUUUCAUUAAGACUUAAACGUGACAUUGAUUCAGUCUUUCAUCGUAAUCUAAUUGUCGAAGAUGGUGAUGGUCAACCAUUACAAAUAAAUCUUGAUCAUAUUGUCAGUGGUCAUUUAAAUAAUCAGCCAAAUAGUUUGGUUUAUGGUUCGAUUAAUGAUGGAAUAUUUGUUGGUAAAAUACAUUCAACUGUGCCUAAUGAGGAAACAUUUUAUGUAGAAAAAGCAAGUAAAUAUUUUCAACCAGAUCCUAUCGAUAUCUAUCUAUUAGAUGGUCGUACUUUGAAAUCUAAAUAUAAUUAUCCGGAUCUGGUAAAAGCCAUCCGUUUAAGUAAAACAACAUCUACUUCUACACGCCUGAUACCAGCACUGCCAUUUCAUUCAGUCAUUUAUUCAUCGAAACAUGUGAAAGAUCCAUUCCAUGAUCAACGAUCUCCAAUCGAUGGUGGUUGUGGUGCCAAUGAAGAAGUUCGUGAAUGGAUGAAUUCGAUUGCCAAUUCAGCUGUUUCGGAAGAUGAAGAUGAAAUAAUUAAUAACAAUUCAUCAUCAACAUCAACCAAUGAUCCGAAUCGACCCGUAUUACGAUCAAAACGAGCUUCAAUUAAUAAUAUUAGUAGCAAUAAACAUUAUGAUUAUGGUAAUUAUAGACGAUUGUUUGAAGCACAAGGUCGUAUCAGCAAUAAUAGACCACUAUCACCACAUCAUUCAACACCAUAUCUACCAUCAAAACGAGCCUGUUCAUUAUACAUACAAACGGAUACAUUUCUUUGGGAUCAUGUUAAAAAACAUGAAUCGGAAAAAUCUGAUUUCAAAGUUCGUGAAGAGAUUGCAUCGUUAGUCGCUCAACAUAUUAAGGCUGUUAAUCAUAUCUAUGAAACUUCAGUGUUCAAAAAUAUUAUAGGACUUAAAUUUAUUGUACAACGAUUACGAAUUAAUGAUUCUUCGGCCUGUGAACCAGUAAAACGAGAAUCAAAUCAAUUCUGUUCACCUAAUAUUGAUGUUUCAAAUUUUCUAAAUCUAAAUUCACAAUUUAAUCAUAAUGAUUUUUGUUUGGCAUACAUUUUCACUUAUCGUGAUUUUUCCGGUGGAACACUUGGUCUAGCAUGGGUUGCAAGUACAUCAGGUGCAUCUGGCGGUAUAUGUGAAAAAUAUAAAACAUAUACGGAAAAUAUUGGCGGUCGUCAAGUACAAACGAAACGUAGUUUAAAUACUGGUAUAAUUACUUUUGUUAAUUAUAAUUCACGUGUACCACCAAAAGUCAGUGAAUUAACAUUGGCACACGAAAUUGGUCAUAAUUUUGGUUCACCACAUGAUUAUCCAGUGGAAUGUCGUCCGGGUGGUCCACUUGGAAAUUAUAUUAUGUAUUCAUCGGCUACUAGUGGUGAACGACAGAAUAAUAAUAAAUUUUCACAAUGUUCAGUGAAUAAUAUAUCUACAGUAUUGAAUGCUGUUUUCAAUAAUGAAGGCAAAGAGAAUUGUUUUCAGGAAGAUAAUGGACCAUUCUGUGGUAAUAAAAUUGUUGAAGAUGGUGAAGAAUGUGAUUGUGGCUAUGAUUCUCGAGAAUGUAAUGAAGAUUGUUGCUAUCCAAGAAGUGUGGAGGAAUUUAAACAUUUAGAUCCGCAUGCACAGCCAUGUCGACGAAGACCUGGAGCCUCUUGUUCACCAUCUGAAGGUCCUUGCUGUACGGAACGUUGUACAUUUGAAGGAAACAUGAAACAAUGUCGUGAUGAUGGUGAAUGUACUUAUGAAUCGUUUUGCAGUGGACAACGUGCACAUUGUCCAUUACCACCGGCAAAACCGAACAAAACUGAAUGCAAUAUGGGUACACAAGUAUGUUGGCAAGGUUCAUGUACCGGAUCAAUUUGUCAGAAAUAUGAUCUUGAAGAAUGCUUCUUGAAUACUCGACGUGGCGCUAAACCGGAGGAAAUGUGUGAAGUAGCAUGUCAACGACGUAAUCAACCAGAGACAUGUCGCCGUACAUCUGAAAUCGAUAUUAUGAGAAAUAUUUCGGGAAUGAAAUUAAGACCCGGUUCACCAUGUAAUGACUUUCAAGGAUAUUGUGAUGUAUUUCAACGUUGUCGACCAGUCGAUGCUGAAGGUCCAUUGGCAAAGCUAAAGAAUCUAUUGUUUAAUAAGAAAACUUUGAUUAGUAUCAAACAAUGGGUUACGACAUAUUGGUGGGCCUGUAUGUUGAUGUUGUUUGCAGCCAUAUUAUUCAUGGCUGCUUUCAUUAAAUGUUGUGCCGUACAUACGCCAAGUUCAAAUCCGAAACUGAAAAAAGCUUUACGCAUAUCCGAUACAUUACGUCGACCAGCCGAUACAUUACGAAGAAAAAGUCGUGAACGAUCACAACAGCAGCAUGCUUCAAGUGGUGGUGGUCAUCAUCAACUUCGAGGUGGACGAAAUCCGAAUCACCAUCAUGGUCGUAGUGGUGGUAACCGCCAAAAUGGUCCUUCUCGUUCAAAUCAUAAUCCAUCAACAUCAGCAACAACCACCGCUGGAACCAGUCAUCAAUCACAAUCAUCAUCGAACAUGAUGGCUGCUGCCUAUCAACAAUCAACGAAUGUGGCACAAUCAACGAAUCCAUCGUCGGCAAAUAUAACGACAACAUUUCCACCGACAUUAGUGGUUAAUCUACCACCUCCAGUACCUAAAGAUAUAAUAAUGGAGCCACCACCACCAUAUCCCGGGUUAUCUACUGCCACCUCCAGUAGUAAACCAAGUGCACCACCAUUGAAUAUUGUCGUACCAGUCAUACCAGGCGCUCCUUCACAUGGAUACGGUGAAGGACGUGGUCAUUAUAAUCGUCAACAAAAUUCUGCUGGACCUACAUCAGUGACAGCGUCAGCAGCUGCACCAUCGUCAUCAAAAGGAUCAAAAGAACGAAAGAAUCCGGAAUCAGUAUCGAAAAGUCAUCGCCGUUGAUUUGAAAAAGGAUUACCCACCCACCCUCCAAUGUAUCAUAUAUGAAACUCAAAUUAAUUUAAUUUUUUUUUGCUCAUCAUCAUCAUCAUUGGUGGUGGAUUGUAAAUGAUUAUUUUAUUCAAAAUUCUAUAUAGAAAAAACAAUUGUAACAUGUACAAAUUCUCUUUUAGGAAAACUAUUUUCGAGUCAAGCCUUGAUGUGACACUCAUUUGUUUUUUUUUCGCUGGUUCGAUUUACUCUAAACCGGUGAUGAUCAUCAUUGAUUCUUUUUUUUUGUUGUUUGCAUCUUUUCUCUUUCACAGAAACAUCACAUCAUUGAAUCAUCACCAUUUGUUAACUAGU